AUGGAUUCUUUCAAGCUCGAUCUCGCGAAUGGAUGGACUCUACGCGGCAUCAGCAACAUUCCGCCGAGUUCUAAGUCUCCCGUCGAAUACCGUCCUCUAAUCAUCGGUCUUCAUGGCAGCACAUAUGACUGCCGCUAUUUUGACGGCGAUGCUAGGCACACGGCAUUGAUUGCGAGCAAUGCCUUUGGCGUCCCGUUCGUAGCAAUCGACCGCCCUGGCUCCGGGGAGACCACUUCUCCUUUACCCCUUCUCAGUGACAGCAACUUUCCACAACAGACCGGCAACUGGCUUCACAACCUCAUCAUCCCGGCUCUCUGGUCUGAGUUCGGCGUGCCAAACGGCUGCAACUGCGUGGUGCUGCUGUGCCAUAGCCUGGGGGCCAUGGGCGGCAUCGUCACGGGGGCAAUCCACGCACAGGACGAUAACCCGUCCUACUUGCUAGGCGGCAUUAUCGCGUCCGGCAUUGGCGACCAGCUGCUCCCUGAGAUGAGGGAGAACCCGAUCCGUGAGCCCAACGUUCCGCCACACCAUGUCAGGUUCCCGCUCGAGGCCAAGGAUGCCCUGAUGUUCCGGCCAGGGACCGUCCAUGAGGACAUUCUCAAGCACACCGAGCGGCUCGAUACCCCCGCCCCGUUCGUCGAGCUGGAGAGCCUGCGCGACCUCUGGGUGCCCACGUGGAAGCAUGGCUGGGCACGCCACGUUGAAGCCCCUGUCAUGUUCGGCAUGUCGGAGCAGGACUGCUUCUUCGUCGGGACGGAGGAGCACGUCAAGGUCUGCGUUGAAGCGUUCGGCAGCAGCUCGCGUGUCGAUGGCAGUUUGAUCAAGGGUGCGCCUCACUGCAUGGAGUUGAGCUUCUGGUCGCAAGGGUGGUACGCCCGAUGUUUUGGCUUUGCCAUGGAAUGCUCGGCCAGCCUGGGGCAUAGCUUGGGGCAUGGCGCCCGUUAG